AACGGUUCCUGAGGCGACAGUUCGCCGUUUGUCUGCGCCGCCGCCUCCGCCGCGGUGCUGAGGGACUCGGGGAUGCGGCGACCGGGUGGCAGCGGCGGCUUCCCGCCGCUGGCUUCCCACUCCUGGCCGUUGUCGCCGCUCUCUCUGCUCCUCCUCGUGUGCGGCUCGGGCCUGGCGACGGGAGCCGUGGAGGGCGCUGUCACUUGCGGCUCGGUGCUGAAGCUGCUCAACACCCGUCACAACGUGAGGCUGCACUCGCACGAGGUCAAGUACGGAUCCGGAAGUGGUCAACAGUCAGUAACUGGAGUUGAAGUUUCUGAUGAUGCUAACAGCUAUUGGCGGAUCAGAGGCAAAACUGAUGGGUCCUGCCAGCGAGGAAUGCCUGUAAAGUGUGGGCAAACAAUACGCCUUACCCAUGUUAAUACAGGGAAAAACUUGCACACCCACCACUUCCCAUCACCACUCUCCAAUAAUCAGGAAGUUAGCGCCUUUGGUGAUGAUGGAGAAGGAGAUGACUUAGAUGUGUGGACAGUGCAAUGCAGUGGGACAUACUGGGAGCGAGACGAUGCAGUACGUUUCAAGCACAUUGGAACGGAUGUGUUCCUUACAGUAACAGGCGAACAGUAUGGCCAUCCAAUCAGGGGACAGCGAGAAGUCCAUGGCAUACAUUCUCCUAAUCAUCACAACUUCUGGAAGGCUAUGGAAGGUGUUUUCAUUAAGCCCAGCUUGGACUCUACAAAGCACGAUGAGCUCUGAAUGUGUGGUCAACAUUUUAUGUUAGAAUCCACCAAAGUGUACCAGCUGGUUCCUUUCUUUAAACCACCCUCAUUUUCCAAUAUUGUUAAGACACUGGAAUAUAUUUGCAGGUCAAUGUUUUCAUGAGUAACUGCAAUUUUGGUGACUUCAGACUGAAAAGAAGCUAGAUUUGCUGUUUGGGCCCCCAUCUAUUUUCAAAAGCCAUUUCCUUUUUCUUAUCUCAUUCCUUCUUUCCCUUAACUAAUAAAAUAGUCACUUGCUGUGUAAACAAUCUAAUCCAAAGUGCAAUAAAACUUAAAUUUUUGUAA